AUGUUCGCAAGAUCGCUAUCCAUCAUCAGUCUACUGUCCAUCAUCUCCCUGCGCUCAGUAUCAGCUCUAGAUUACUCGGAGACGUACGUGGGAUGCGUGACCGGCACAGGAACCAGCGGUGCGUUGGCUAGCCCCGAAGUGAACACUAUAUCCGACUGCAAUUAUGCAUGUGCGGAUGCCGGGUAUACAUAUGCGUACUUUCAAUAUCAAUCUGCUGGGUCAUAUUGUUCAUGUAAGAACGUUGGUCCUGCAGCGAGUGAGAUCACUCCGGCAGUCAGUGGUAAUACGAACUGUGGGGGAGCUGCGGCCUCUGUAAAUGCUUUAGCGACUGAUUAUUAUUACAAUAACUGUUACAACUCACCGACCGCGGAAGAUACCACCUCUCAAUCGACUUUCGAGGCAUGUUUCGAGAGAUGUACGACUUACACCAACGCCUUUGUUAGUCCCGCAGGAAACGUAUAUUCUUGUGUAUGCUCCAACACCGCUUCAACCGGCACAAAUCAAAAUUGUGGUGUUUCCGGAACGUAUUUUGCUUAUGCCCACACAGCUACUUCAUCACCCAGUAUUGUCGAGAGAAGACGAAGGAAGUUGGAGAAAAUGAAGAGGGAUGAGCAAUUACGAUUGAAUAGGUUCUGCCCAGGUGAAACACAGGCUUGUAACGUACCAGGUUCGGAGGGUUCUUUCGAGUGCAUCGAUACUGCUUCGGAAUUAGAAUCAUGUGGUGGAUGUUUGUAUGGCUCUUACACCAACUCCACAGCUUCAGCUGGUGUCGACUGCUCCAUCAUUCCCGGUGCUGCUUUCGGCGGUGCCACCUGCGCAAAUGGUCGAUGUGAGAUUUCAGCUUGUCGAGAAGGGUUCCAACUCGUCGAUGGGGAAUGUCAAUAG